AUGCCUGAAACUGGAAGAGAUGAAGCUGACCUCCAAAAUGAAAUUGUUCCAGAUGCUGAUGAAAUAACUGAUGAUCAAUUAUAUACUGAUGAUUGUGAAGGGUUUCUUGAUCUAGGUUUCAUUGCACAAGUUGUUGUUCCCACUGUUCCUUUAAAUCUCAAUCCUCGAAAGAGGAAGGCUUCCUCCUUAAGGAGAGCUCAUGAUGCUGAAGUUGGAAGUUAUGUUGUUGGUUAUCCUUCUGCACCUCCUCCUUCCAAGAGGAGCAAGCUCAUUUUUUAUCUAAAUGAUUUGGCUAAAAUCUAG